AACUAGAGUCAUGGCGUCUGUUGUCUGACUUAAAACUUUUGACGUGACAAACUUUUUGAGUUGGUGCUUCUCCACUUCCUGACAGCUCCUCACGGGGCGCCUCGAAUUGUAUUUUUGCCACUUGUAGAGAAGGAAAAGUGAAACAACAACCAUAUAAGAUGUAAAUGUAUAUUUAAAUAACUGCGACCGGUGCGAAGAUGCGCCGCUGAUAGCUAACGGAAGCUAAGCUAAUCACUUAGCAGCUUAACUUUGGUGCGGGUGUGUUGCGGGAUUUCAGAUGUCACGCCGGACAACAGAUUCGCCGUAACUCACUAAAGUGCCUGGUUUUGUCUUCGGGCAGUCGGUGUUUAUGCCACGAUGUGUCGUUUUUUGCGCUACUUUGUCAGCCAUUGCAUUCACGCUGCGAUGACCCGGCUGGACGAGGUCAACGGAGAGGUGAGCAUGUGGUCGUCGGUGCGGUGGCUGGGUUACCUGUCCGGUCUCAACCUGCUGCUCGCCCUGUGUCUGGGGCUCUACGUCCGCUGGGAGAAGACAGCCGAGUCCACCCUCCUCGUCAUUUUCGUGCUGGCUCUUUUCGUCCUGGGAAUAGCGAGUGUACUGUACUAUUACUUCAGCAUGGAGCGGGUCAGCCUCUGUCUCCUGCACCUGUGGUUCGGCUUUCUGCUGGGUCUACUUUGCCUGCUCAACAGUCCUGCGCUUCAGGGCGACGUGAAGGAGCAGGCGGCCAACUACAUGCUGCUGGCGAGUGUGGCCCUGAGGACGCUGUGGGCGCUGCUGGAGAGGUUGCUGGGAUGUGCCAGGUACCGUCCUGCCUUCCUCACCUCGGCAGAGCGACUGGAGUUGGCAGGCUUUGCCAUCGCCAGCACAGCACUGCUCCUCCAGAAGUCCCUGAGCGUGAUGGUGCUGCUGGUGGCACUGGCUGCCGUCAUGGUUGCCCUCCGGAUGAAGGCGGUCCUAGCUCUUCCCAACCUGGUGUGCUUUGCCAUCAUCACAGCAGUUCUGUUCUUCAACUCUCUGAAAAUCACCAUCAACCCAUUUGCACUCGCCUGCUUCUUCAGUCAGCUCAUCUGUGACCCUCUGCUGGACGUCUACUUCAGCGGCCUCUCUGUUACCGAGCGCUGGCAGCCUUUCCUUGUGUGGCGGGGCCUGUUGCGCCGCCUGUCUCUCCUCCCUCUGCUGGUGGUGGAAGCGACCUUUAUCAUCCUGGCCUCUCGGAAGCUGACAGACCUGGACCAGUGGUACCUGAUGAUCCCAGGCUUUUUAGUGUGUAUACUCUUCUGGUCCAUCUGCCACUUGGUGUUCAUCAUCACCGUAUGGGGCUUUCACACUAAGCUCAGUGACUGCCAGCGACUCUGCUUGUCCCAGGGGUUGGGGGUCAGCCGACUGGACAAGAUCAUGGCCUCAAAGGGCAUGAGACACUUUUGCCUCAUCUCUGAACGCCUGCUGCUCUUCACACUGGUGACAACUGUUGCUGUUGCUGUACUUUGCUGGCAGGCCUCCAGCAGCAUCUUUGUCAGCAUGUUUCUGCUCGUCCUGCCCCUGGAGUCUCUGUUCCAUGGACUUUUCCAUGAGCUGGGUAACAGCCUGGGAGGAACCUGUGUGGGCUACGCACUGGUCAUCCCCACCAACUACUGCAGUCCUGAUGGUCAGCCCAUGCUGCUGCCUCCAGACCAGGUGCAAGUGCUGAACCAACGCUCCACAGGCAUGUUGAACAGCGUGCAGCGCUUCUUCGCCCACCACCUGAUCGAAACUUUCGGCUGCGACUAUUCCACCAGUGGUGUGGCUCUGGAGGCUCUGCAGUCCAAGAUCAAGUCCUUCCUGGAGCUCCGCACUGCAGACGGGCCUCGUCACGACACCUACGUGAUCUUCUACAGUGGUCACACCCACAGAACUGGAGAGUGGGCGCUGGCAGGAGGAGACACUCUCCGCCUGGACCACAUCCUGGAGUGGUGGAGGGAGAAGAACGCCAGCUUCUGUUCGCGCCUCAUUCUGGUACUCGACUGUGACAACUCCUCAGCCUGGGUGAAGGAGAUCAGGAACGUGGAGGGUCCAUACGUGGCCGUGCAGGGAGCCACACUCGCCAGAGUGACGGACGUCGAGCUGCAGGAUCCGCCGCAGCUCGGAGACUUCACCGCUCAGUGGGUGGAGUACAACUGCAACACGGACAGCGGCGUGCUGUGGUCAGAGAGGGGCAGGGCGGUUUCCGCCGUGUACGGCAUCUCCAAACACUGGAGCGACUACACACUGCACCUGCCGAGCCAGAGUGAUGUCACCAACCACUGGAGCAUGUACUAUCCUCGGAUGACCUACCCGGUGGUUCAGUGUGCGCUGUGGUGCGGCAGCAUGAACUUGCUGUGGGUCUGCAGCAUCUGCCUUCGUUGCAUCAAGAGAGUCAAACUCAACUGGUUUCCACCGGCAAUACUGGACACUGGCCAAGGCUUCAAACUGGUCAGAUCUUAGAACUGUGAACAGCAGAAAACACUAAAUACACUCUAAAAUCAUAAGAGGCAGCAACUCUGUUAUAAACAUGCCAAUAACCAGUGUCCUUUUAAUAGUUACUGCAAAACGAAUUAGUUACUGAUUGAUGAUUUUUCAAAGGUUGUCUUUUUAACGUUUUUAAAUUUCCAUUCAGAAAGCCCCAUCAAACAUGUCGAUGUGAGACUGAACGCAUUUACAACUUUGCACAUUUUUGCACUGAACUGAAUUUAAUGUUAAACAUUUGCAUGGUGCCUUUUUUUUACCACGACAUCCACCAAAGAACAUCAAAGCUCACGAGAAUGACCUUAUCUCUUAAAAACCAAAGAGGCUAUGGUACAUUUCAGAGGAAGAUCUCAGGCAUAAAUUAUAUUCUUAGCAGAAAAAUUGUAUUAUGUUUUUGAAAAGUGACAUAUUUGUUCGGAAGCUCCUUUGUACUUUGCUCAAAGUUUUUGAGUGUAAUGUCUAUGCACUCCCUUGACAUUUUGUAAUUCUUCUGGGAAACCACAAGCUAAGUGAAACAAGUUAGACAGGAGAUAAAUGAUUGAAUGAUGAGAUAGUUAAGUUGUGUGUGCUGGGAAAAUGCUUUUUAUUUGAAUCAUUUUUGAAAGUUUCCUGGAUGAACUAUUCAAGAACCUUGUUAUUUCCCUUCAUAAUUCCUUGUAUUUUCAGACUGUUCCUUUUGUAAAGUUGGACAGAGUAUAAAAAAAAAUCUAACUGUGUCUUUUGUCAUUCUUUCAGUGAGCAUGGUCAAAGCAUCUUUCAAAUAGUUUCACAAUAAAGCAAUGAAUCUUGGUCAGAA